GUUAUAAGCGGUGUAAACAAAGAACAAAAUGCAAGAUGAUGAGGCCGAAGGGUCUGACAGUGACUGUUUGAAAGAAGACACUUCAAGUUCGGAAGGAGAAUACCCAGUUUAUGACAAAAUUCGUCCUUCAUCCAGUCUUGCAACAGUGCUGCCUGAGGUUGAUGUGUCAAAAUGGAGUCCAAAGGGCCCUGCUUGUCUUCAGUAUCUUUGCUUAGUACCUUUUGUAUCAGUCUACAAUCCAGAUUAUCAACAAAGUUCAUCAGCAAGAAAGGUCAAAAUAUCUGUUGUUCACAGAAAAAGACGAAUGAAAGAGGUCACGGGAAGAACUAAUUGCAGAAAUAUUCUUGAUGAGAGAAGAUUGAGAAAUGCUGCUAAUGAAAAUGAUUUUGAAACAGUUGUUGAAUUACUUGACGGAGGUGUUGAUGUGUGUAAUGCUGAUGAAAAGAAAAGAACAGCACUUCACUUUUCUUCUUCUCAAGGCAAUGAUAAAAUAGUUAAAGCAUUGUUGGACAAAGGUGCCAAUCCAAAUCUGAAAGAUCUUCUUGGAAAUACACCGCUGCAUUUAGCUGCUUGUACUGGAAAAGUGCCAACAGUUACUCUGCUGCUUAAAGCAGGUACUGAUAUAAAGUCAGUAGAUAACUUUGGUAGAACUCCUAUAACAUUAGCCAAAUCAAGGUUAAAGUUCCUUGUAGAAGACAAGACCUACUCAUCUCAGCGAGUCAAAGACGAGGCUUUAGAGGUAACAGACAUGAUGAAGACUUUUCUGAAUAUCUCUGGUCAGACAGAAAAUGCUGGUCAGUUAGAGGAACUCUGUGAUAGACUUAAACAAGUAUCAACUCGUGAAGACGUGGAUCAUGUCAACCAGCUCUUGUCAAACUUUGCUAGUCUGGCUAUCGAAAAGAAUAGCAAUGUAACGUGACAUGAGGCGCUUGUCAAAUUUUGCCAGUCUGGCUAUCAGAAAGAAUAGCUGUAUAACAUGACAAGAGAUAUAAAAUCUCUUCUUUUUUUCAAUUGUCUUUCAAUAUUUCACAAAAGACAACAGGGUUGUAAAGGUGAUUGCUAUAUUUAUUGCUGAAAGUUAUAUGGGUAUAAAUAAGUUUAUGUGUAUUCACAUAAAUCUAUAGCAAAGUUAUAUGUAUGAUUCAGUUAAUGUUUUACAGAGAUAAAUACACAUCUUUUUUAAAAUGUUUUUAAAAAUCUUUUUUGAAUCUUUUUUUAAAAUGCAGAAAUGAAGAGGAAAUUAUAUAAACAAAAGUCUCAUAAUAUCAAAUGUUAAAAUGUGGUCAAAUUUUAUACUCAAUUGAUUUUAAUUGCAAUAGUAGUGUAAAUACGUGUUAAUAGCUUGUGGCUGCCAUUUUUAAAAACUUCAGAAAAGGUUUAAAGAAAACAUGAGCAUUGCAUUUGCUUAGCACAUAUAUAUAAGUAAAUUGUUUUUUUUUUGUCCAACAUUUGGAUAUUACUGAUUUUCUGGAUAGAAAGAAAUGUACUCACAGAAAUGUAAAAAAAAAUCCAACAAUAAAUUUUAUUAAAAACAGUAAA